UACAAGAGCUAGUGUGCGCACUGGCCUCGCCAUCGAGAAUUGUGACGCACGGUUUGCUCCAUCGCGUUCACGAUUCCACGAUUCCACCGACACACCAGUAUACCGCCAUUCACCAUCGUGUAAAGACUUGCGCGUUUUAUAAAACUACUCAAAUCCCACACCUUUUUCAUUUAUAAUAACUAAAAAAAAAAAACAAAACAAAUAAGUGACACACUGUUGAUCAUUAAAAAAAAAAAAAAAAAUAUCUACUCAUUUUUGUGUCAUCACAAUUGAUUCUUGAUAAUAAUCGAAAUAGAAAAUAAUAACAAUUAUUCAUAUUACUAUUGAAGGAGUAAAAAUAAUUGCAAUUUUUUCCUCAUCUCAAACGAGAGUGAGUCAUGUGUUGUUUGAUGCUGAUAAGUUGUAAAUAAUGAUGCAGUAAUCCAGAUACUCGAGGGGAUUUAUUAAUUAAACAUUUAAUUUUGUUUAUUUUUUAUAACUAUCGUCACCGUUUAAUAUAUCCUAUAGAUAAAAAUUAAUCAUUAUAUAAAAAAUGAACGGUGCAGUUUAUGCUGCUUCCUGUCCAACAUUGGAGUCAAAUUUAUCACUACAUAGUUCAUCACAUUAUAGUGAUUGUAGUGGAACAAGUCAACGACGUCAAAGACAACGUAAACGUGGGCGUAGACGAUUAUCAUCGACUGGUGAUGCUGAUACAUCAACAACGUCAAGUAAUGAAGGAAGUGAAGGAAGUUCAGUUAAUAGUGAUGAUCAAAAUCAAUUGGAUCCAGUUAGUCAUACUGAACGUGAACAAUUGGAAUCAUUUUUUCGUGGUUUAAAAUCACAGGUUUAUGUUUGUGAUUCAUUGGCAAACUUGUAUAUUGGAAAUACAUCACAGGAACAAGGACAAUGGGAACUACGUUUUACUGGUAUUCCUGUUGUUAUAUUAGAUCUUGGUGAGACAAGAUCAAGAUCAAGACGACAAAUUCAAAUUUUAUUAGCUGAAAGAGGCACAUGUUUUACACUUUGGCGUGAAACAAUUGAUCAUUUAACUUCCUACAAGGUUUCUGGUCCUGCAUUUCAUACAUUGUGUUUAUCAUCAGAUCAUUCACGACUUGCUGGUUUAAGUUUUGAUAAUUCAAAAGCAGCAAAUGAACUUUGGCAACAUAUUGAAAAUUUAGUAUCUUGUCCCGAAAAUAUAAGCUUAUCAGUACCAGGUAAAAAUAAAAAAAAAAAUAAAAAACAAGUUAUUAAAAAAUUUAUACCACCAGCAAAAUGUAAUAUCAGUCAACCAUGUCAAUUUCAACAUGUUACAAGUGUUGAUAUUAAUGAUAAGACAAGAUAUUUUUCAUUACAAACACUUGUACCAUCAUUGAAUGAAAUUGAAAAUUCAAUUGGACCUAAUUAUUAAGAAAUUAUCAAUAAAUCAAAAUUAGAUUUUUAAAAAUUUUAAAGACUUGAAAAAUUUUUAAAUGUAUAGGAUCUUGUAGAUUUGCUAUUAAUUUUUUUUCUUUUUAUAUAAAAAUAUUAAUGUAAUUCAAUUUUUACUGUGGUGAAUACAAUUCUUUAAAUUCUUCAUAGAUUAUUUUUAUUUCUAGAAAAUAACUAAAAUUAUGAAUUGAUGUAAAAUAAAAAUAAUUAGUAUAAAUAAUAUUUAGUUAUUAAUAUUUUUCAAUAAUAUUAUUUUCUUUUAGAUUAAAACUUUACUGUGAUAACGAUAGACAUAUUCAUAGUUUAUAAUAAUAUCAAAUAAAUAUAUAUCAAAUAAUUAUUGUCAAUGUUAAGUAUAAUUGUUGAGCUUAUACGCUCCCGAUAAAAAAUCAUUAUAAUAUUAUUAUCAAAUAAAAAAAAUACAUCCUUGAUUAAUGGCAAAUAUUGAAAAAAUUUAUUUAUAAUUGUAAUUGUUUUCUAUUCAACUAAUUGGUGAAGUGACCAUUAGAAAAAUAAAUUAUUUUGUUCUGUUUUGUUCGAUCGAUUGAUUGAUCAACAAGUAGCGCCACGCUACAUUACCGAUCAAGUAAAUUUUAAAUUUAAAAAACUGCAAGUCAAGGUAAUAUCCAUCAAUUUAAAUUUAAUAAUAAUUAUUAUAAUUAUAUUUUUAUUACUUUAUGCCUGUAUAAUUAUUUUUCUAAAAAAAGGAAAAAUAACUUAUUUGAUUUAUAAAUAAUAAUAAAAAACUCAUUAAAAUAAAAAAAAGAAUAAUAAAAUUUUCUAUUUAAAAUUUCUAUUGAUAUUAAAAAAUAAUUUAAUAUCAAAUAAAAAAUAAAAUUAUAUAAUUAUUUAAAUUCCGGAUAUCCACAAAGACACUUUCUCUGUUUGUAAAAUUUUCAUAUACAUUUUAAGACCUACAUAUUAAAUUAAAAAUAAAAAAAAAAAUGUUAAUAAUAUACAUUUCUAUAUAGUGAUGAAUUUAGCAUGUGAAAACUGAUGGAUUAUUAUUCACAUUGCGUUUAUGAUUAUUGUCGGUCAGAAUUUUUAUUGUUAUUUUUUUGUUAAAUGGACAUUCACUUUGUGCAAUGACGAUAUCCAUCAUCAGGUCAAAGAGCUCAAGACGUGUGUUUAUAUUUUAUUUAACUGCAAUAAUGCGGGUGAGGCAUAUUCUCUCAUCAUUAUUUGGAAUUUAAAUUUGCAAAAAAAAGAGUAUAAAUAAAAAUCACUUAAUAAAAAAAAGUUAAAUAUAUAUAUUGUAAAUUUUGGUUUUAUAUUCAGAGUACAUUUAUUAAAUGAAUUUAUAAAUAAAUGAAUAGUUAGCAAUAUAUAGGUGAAAUUUUACAAUAAAUUAUGAGGACAGGAAGUGUUUGAAAUAGUUAUUGAGGAAUGACGUUCCCGUGAUCGUCCUCUAAUACGAUCACGGGAAAAGAGUUGUCAGUGUGUUUCUGGAACUCACGUAGCAACAAAACCGGACAAAGGAACGACAAGUGACAAGGAAGACAAAAAAAAAUCACAUAUAUAUAUAUAAAAAAAGAAUGAAUGAAUUGCUGUUGAGGAAGUUCAUUCCAACUUGGUCCACAAUGUCAAUUCCAAGUAUCUAUAUAUCUGUAUAAAUAAAUGCCAAGUAACAAUAUUGGGUUAGCUUUUUUUAUAUACAUAUAUAUAUAUUUUUUUACGAUGUUUGUUCCAGUUUACUUCAAUGACACUGGACUUGUUCAUCGUCAAACAUACUUUACGUUCCACAUAUUUAUUUGCAACAACAAAAUAUUUUUUUAUCUACUUAAAUUAAUUAUUAUUUAAUUUUUUUUUUUUCUUUUACUCCAAAUAAAAAUUUCAAAAAAAAAAAAAA